AUGGGGUCAGGUGCUCCAAGGCCGGACGAAGCCGAAGCUGGGCAACAUGGGCAACAGCGAAACGAAGAAAGCUCUGCUUGGUGCAAUGACAAGUGUCGGCUGGAAGUGACCGCAGAGGGCGGUCAGCUGGGUGGCGAGAACAUCAAAGACCCCAGCGAGGCCCUCCUGGACAUCGAGGUUCCAACGGCCAGUGUCUAUGCAGCCAAUGGCGAUCGACCGGGGUCUGUUCAACAUGGUUUGGAAGGUGGCAAGGAGGCUUCUGGGCAGCCUAGCGGCUUGGCAGGUCAUAGACUCGAACGUGUACGAUGUCACAGAGUUUCGGACCAUGCACCCUGGUGGUGCGCAGAUUUUGUUGCAGCAUGGUGGAUCAGAUGCGACAGUUCCAGCUCAAGCUGCACAUGGGUCGAGCAAGAAGGCAAGAAGCUUGAUGUCGAGAUACUGCAUUGGAAGGCUAGCGGAUGGCAGGGUGAAAUUGCUUCUGGCAGCAAGGCUCUCACUCUUGAAGAAGUUGGCAACAGUGCUGUUGCCACAGCUACUGCAGUUCAGGCUCCGGGCAAGGUCGUUGCUUUGGAGGACUUGUUUCAAGGUGAAGAGGAAACGCGCCCAUCCAGCAAGGUGGUAGCUUUGGAAGACCUGGGAAGUAGACACGAGGCUUCACAGCCUCGGAAGGUCGUUGCGUUAGAAGACUUGGGCCAGCGCGAGAUGCCCCCACAAACCAAGCCAGCGAGCAAGGUGGUCGCCUUGGAGGACAUUGGCAGUGAUUCGCCCCCCCGCAGAGCGCGGAAGGUUGUUGCCCUAGAAGAUCUCGCAGACGGUCAGGCAGUGGUCCGACCCAGCAAGGUGCCGACGUUCAAGGAGCCAGAACCGAGCGGGAGCCAAGAAGCCUCUGACGAAAGUGGAGAAUCUGGAGAGCUAGUUUCUGCAGCAGAUCUGGAGGAGGAGGCCAACAAUGCUGCUCGCAUCAAGCUGCUGUUGGACAGCUGGGCCCUUGCUAACAAAGUUGAGGACGAGGCUGACACACAAGCAAAGGCCGACUCGCCAGAAGAUGAGGACUCCCUGGAGAUCGCCGACGAGACGCAAAAUCAGGCUCCAAAGAAGAGCAGAUGGGCAAAAAUGAAAGACUGGGGAAUGCAACGCAGCAUGGAAUUCAAAGGACGCAGAAGUGGAGAGCAAGCUUCGCAUUCCAUGGAAGAUGCGGAUCAGGACAAAGAGGAAACGGUGCAGAAUCUGCUGGGCAGCAACGUUCCUGCAACAUACGGUGAGAUGUUCGAAUUCAAUGCCACUGUUAUGGGUUUCGGGAAGCACAGAUGGCUGCGAGAGGUCAAUCGAUCUUUUCAUGAUAUCGUCAAGAACGCUGGCAACUCCUCUCGCCUGCAGGAAGAAUGCGAGGUACUGGCUUUACGCAUCUGUAAGACAGUGGACGGAGACGUGAAUCUCUCCAUGUACCGGUCGGCAAUGCUGGCAGCACUUCGGUCCAUGCUUCCAAAGACCUGGGAUCCCAAUCAUGAGACGGUUUGGAACUGGCUGUGGGAGAGCGUUGAAAGCAACCUUCGCCAAAUUCUGUACAAACCACGUGCAUGGGAGCCUGCACUCCUUCGACUGAUGUCACUGUGGUCAGAGGAAGAGAAGGUCGCGCUGCGCAACGAAGUUUACGUGCGCUUCUUCCAGGUGGCCCCACAGGGUCAGGAGUUCUUCAAGCAGUCGGACACGAGGCUGCACUUCAUCGCGACACGGGCAAUGGACAUGACGUCUGAGCUGCUGGCCGAUCCUUGGGAGAUGACCGAGCAGAUCUCUGCCCUCGGUUUGCGCCAUGUGGGUUACGGCAUUCCGACACAUCUCAUCGGUCCUUUCGCAAACGCUUUCGUGGAGGUUCUGUGCGAAGCAGCACCCGAAGAACAUGAAGCAAUGGAAGCGUUCAGGUGGUCGGUCGUGCUGGUGGCAAAGAUUCUGGUCCGAGUUAUCGAAGAGGGUGCCACCAUUGUGAUGAAAGCAAUUAAUGCAAACUCGGCCCUGCAGCUCAGAAAGGCCGUGGCGCUAGCUCCUCGUGGAGAGCGUGCUCAGUGGUUGCUGCGAAUCCAAGUCGGCACACAGCAGAUCUCCCCACUGUCUUGGGCCAUCGAGAGUGGCAGUCUUGAGGCGGCGCGUGCAAUGAUCCAGGACCUGCUGAUGAUAAGAGCUGACCGAGAGAGGUAUUACUUCGGAGUUGAUGCUCUUUUCCAAGCUCAUCCAGACAUAGUGGAGCGGCUCUGUGCAGACGCCCUUCAGCUGUUGCCCGCACUCCUUGAUGGACUGGUUUGGCGCUCCAAGCGCGCAAUCAACGGUGCCAGGCGAGUGAACUUCUACGUGAAGCACCUUGUCGUGAACAAGGAUGGUGCAUUUUCGGCUGCACUCAAGGCCAUCGCGGAUGCAAAGGAUGUCAAGAUCAUUUCUCACCAGGUGGUGGUGCAGAUUUCUGACACCUUGUGGUCGGGCGUCGUCCGGCGACAGUUCACAUUCUCCAAGAUAAGCUUUCUGUUCAGCCUUGUCGUCUUCAUGCUUAGCCAGGCGAUUCUGCCAAAAACUGAAACAGCAGAGGAGUUCAACAUGCGGAUCGCAAUUUUCAGCGGUCGCUUGAUAAACUAUGCCUUCAGUAUGGCACGACUUCUGGUCUUCCACCUGCGCCGGAUUGUCAAAGCAUUCCGCACGGGAGCAACCAUGAAAGUUGGACGUGUGCCCAUCCCGGAAUAUCUGAAAGAUGAGGAUGCCAAAUUGGGCUUCAUUCUGCUUUGCAUGCUCGUCGCCAUGUGUGCAAGUGAGCCGAUGUUCUACUGUGCGUCAGACAUCAUGACGACAGGACCCAGUGAGACCUGUGAAGCAGCCAAUGCUGUCAUGCCCUUGUACAUACUCUUCUCCAUGGGUGCCAUGGUUUUGCACUGGCUGCUCGUGAUCAACCUGUCGGUCUUCGCGACAAAGCUGGCUGCAUUCGUUCUUGUGUGCCGCGAAGUGCUCUCCGAGGUGGGGAAGUUUUUGGUUGCCAUCAUUUUCAUCCUGAUCACCUUCAGCAGUGCAAUUGCAACCUUGAGGCAUGAGGUGGCGGAGUUCAGAACGCUUCCGAAAGCAGCGAACUGCUUGUUUGCCACGACAGUUGGCAUCUACGAGGGCGACUACAGGGAGAUGAUGCACCAACCGGCACUUCUAGCGCCCGUCUUGCUGUUCAUCACCGUGUCAGCAAUCCUGCUGAUCAAUCUUUUGAUCGCUCAGCUGAACUGUUCAUACGACUACGUGUAUGGUGAUAUGCUGGGCUUCGCCCGCUUGGCACGGGCGUCUUUGAUUGUGGAUUCAAUGGCAGCAUGUCCUCCUGCGAGAUUUUCCAGAUUUGUUGCGGGCUUACGCUUCGAUCAACUUCUGGAGUUUGAUGAGGGCGAUGUGAGGUGGGCUUGGGCGGAGGCUUCUUUCGUCGCUGAAUUUCUGACUUGCUUCGAUACCAUGAUUGAUUUGGACCAAGGCUCUCCUGACAUGCAGUGGCCAGAAGAGGAGUUGGAAACGGAUCGGUAUGCGAGAAUCGCCUGGCGUGAUCAUACCUAUGCCGCCCCUGCGAGCUAUGAUCUCACAGGCGACCAUCAUGAGUAUUGCUGGGCUCCAAUCAGAGAACACCUUUCAGUGCUUGCGAGUCAAUUUCAGCAGCUCAGGCCAGCCCAAAGUACACCCAAGAAUGCAGUUGUUUCCACAGUGGCCGAAGUCAUGGAGCUUUCCAGUGUUAAUGCCUUAGUGUCCGAGCAUGUCCGAGCUGAGUACGCUGCAUCGCUUGCAGCGUAUCAGUGGAUGUUGAAAGGUUACAGGCUGGAAAGCGUCUCGCAAGACUCCAGGGAUUGUCUGAAAGGGGGAAGUGCAAUUUUGCGGAAUGCGGCAGACGUGUUCGUAGAGCCUAUGGAGGCAGAUGCAAUGAGUCCGACAUUGUCUGGACACACCGGUUUCCGUCUCAGAAGGAGCGGCGAUGACCUUCAGAUCCGCUAUGAACGCACUUCAGUGCCUACAUCAGAUCUGGCUGUUCUAUGCAACGGCUCAGGUGAGGUCGGCCACGGGGAGGCUGAAGAGGAUGCUGCUAAGAUUUAUGCGGAGGGGACUAUUUUGGGGAGGCUGCUUUUUGACGCCCCGGGCUUGAAGUUGAUCGCUGCCGUGGGGGGGUGGGGUGGGGAGGGGCUUGUUGUGGCCAUGGGAUACGAUGAUGUUCUGCUCCGAGUGCCACUCGACUUGGAAGUGCCGAACGACGUGACCUUGCGAACCCUCCAGCACCUUCUCUCCAAGCAGCUGGAGGAGGCAGGAUUGCAAGCCCUUCGCCCUCCAUCUGCUUUGUUUCUCGCACUGAAUGGGCACCUCUGUGUCGACCCAAAAGCACAGCCCUUGCGGAAUUUGGUCCCUGGAUCUGUGGUCUCCCUCGUCGAGGACAUGGGAGAGGCGCAGGAGGUGGCCCGGCUGGGCUUGUGCCUGAAUGCCGUCCAGCUACUGCAGGUCCAAUACCCUACUUUUUCACCGCCCGGCCAACAAGGUCAUCAGAAGAAAAUGCCAGAGGAGGUCUUGCGAGAAAAGAGGCAGCGCCUCUAUAAGACGCAGCCGUGUGCGAAUUAUGCAGCGGGACAUUGCACUUUUGGCCACAAGUGCCACUUCGCACAUGGAGAACAUGAGCUGCGUCUUCCUGGCAAAGUUGAAGGCAGCCCUUCCACGUCGAUUUCCAGCUGGAACCUGGAAAGAAACGACGGAUCCUGGGAAGAGAGGAGCCAAUGGCCGGAGUCCUGGAAGUGGGGAGACGCUGCCACCAGCGGCUGGAGGCGGGGUGAGCAGGAGUGGCAGCAGGACUGGCAAGAUGGCGCAGAUUGGUCUUGGUCCGCUUCUGGCUGGGACGGCUGGUCGGAGGCGAGAGGAUGGAAGCGGGAAGGCUGGCAGUCGGACUGGCAAGAUGGUCAAGAUGGCCAGUGGGAGAGCGACGCCGGAGCGGGAAGCGAUGCUGGCACUGUCAGAAAUGUGGGGCAGGCAGCCGUGAACGCCAGCGCGACGACCGAAACCAAGAAUUUGGCCGAGGUGCGCCACUUGCGUUUCCCACACCAUUGGUCUGUCUUGAAUGCUGCAGGGAUAGACGCCGGCGUGGCAGGCCGUGCUAGUCAGAGCCGAGCUCCCGAGCUUGCAGAGCGAGACUUCGGGCAGGUCUCCCUCUCCAAGACGGCGCCCUCAGCAGGCGAUCGGCCAGAGGUUGGGCUUGACGAGCACAGCGCCACAGGAGACAUGACGCGACGGGCCGUUCACAAUCCUGUUGGGCCUUCCUUUGCCACGGACUCGCCCACUGCGCUGGAAGGAAGCUUCGCCCAGAGGUCGGCAGAGAGCAUGCUGGAGCCAUCUAGAGCCCUGGCGGGCCUCUAUGCUAACGGAAGCUUGCAGCACACGGUGGUCAUUCCUGCGGUGCAGUACGUGCAGCACUACGCUUGGACGGCACCGUCAGCAGCGGCUCCUGCAAUUCCAGUUGUGUCUGCACCAUCGCUGCCUCUGGCUGGUGCUCCUGCGGCAAACGUGGCACACGCAACUGUUGCAGUGUCCUUGCCGAAGUCGAUUGCGCCAACAGCAGCAGCCCAGGCGCCCCCCCGCUCCCGCCUGAGCCUCAUGGACAUCUUCCCUGGAAGCCUGCAGCGAUUGUUGCUCAACAGCACACAAGUAGUGUGUGCGCCGGCAACUCCCAAUAUGGAGUUCUACGGACAAGGUGCUGCCUAUGUUGGCCAAGGGCGCAUGCAAGCAAUGCCACAGCAGGUCCAAGCGCAGCUCGCUGCCCAGCAACAACCAGCAAACGACGAAGACGUCGCCAGACUCGUGCAGGACCUGCAGAAAGGCGAUGAGCGCGAGACGGCCUUGCUGGAGUUGUCUAAGCGAAGGGAAUCUCUGCAAGAUCUCGCGCCAAUCCUGUGGCAUUCGUUCGGCACAAUCGUGGCGCUGAUACAGGAAAUAGUGCAAAUCUACCCGCAGCUGGCGCAGCCACCCACAUUGACAGCAACAGCAUCCAAUCGCGUCUGCAACUCGCUGGCUUUGUUGCAAUGUGUGGCUUCCCAUCCAGAGACUCGCCCUUUAUUUCUGAAGGCGCAGAUUCCCUUGCUGCUGUACCCUUUCCUGAACACGUCUAGCGCAGAGAGGCCAUUCGAAUACCUUCGGCUGACUUCUCUCGGGGUUAUCGGAGCUCUGGUGAAGGUGGACGAUCAAGAUGUCAUCGUCUUUCUGCUCAACACCGAGAUCAUUCCGCUUUGUCUGAGGAUAAUGGAAAGCGGAAGCGAACUGUCCAAAACAGUUGCGACAUUUAUCGUGCAGAAGCUCCUACUGGAUGAGUCAGCCGC